ACGUAAAUAGAAAACCCUACCCAAACCCUCAAACUACACUGAAAAGAAUAUGACUAUCCUACAACUCUCUUCACCUCCAUUUCAAUUGCCCAACCAUUCACACUCCACAUUUUCUCUCCAAUCCAACAACCCCUACCCGCUAUUUCCAACCGUUGUGCUUUCGGUUCAAACCCGUGCUCGAUCCAAGACAUGUCUGUACGCUACUCCCAAAGCAAGCCGAAGCCAAAGAAUCAAAACCCAAAAUCUAGAAACGGAAUUGGAAGAAGACGAUGAGGAUACUGAUGGUGCUAAUAAUGAUGAGGAAGAGGACGAAUUACCGUCUCAUAGACGAUUUAGAGGCAGAGGAGAGGAGAAGGACUAUGAUAGAGACCCUGAAUUCGCUGACAUUCUCGGGAGUUGUCUCGAUGACCCGCAGAGAGCGCAGUCCAAAAUGGAGGAGAGAUUGAGGAAGAAAAGGAACAAAAUUCUACACACAAAAACUGGUUCGGCUAUACCCAUGAAAGUGGCAUUCAACAAAUUUGAUGUCUCAAACUCGUAUAUAUGGUUUGAAUUCUACAAUGCUCCAUUGGAGAAAGAUGUUUCCCUCAUUUGUGAUACAAUUCGGUCAUGGCACAUUGUUGGACGUCUUGGUGGAUGCAAUUCCUUGAAUAUGCAACUGUCACAAUCUCCUAUGGAUAAAAGACCAAGUUAUGAUGCUAUUCAGGGAGCAAAUGUUACACCAACCACAUUUUAUAAUAUUGGGGAUCUUGAGGUUCAAGACAACUUAGCACGCUUAUGGGUGGAUAUUGGAACCAGUGAGCCUUUGCUGUUGGACAUUUUGAUAAACGGAUUGACACAGAUAAGCUCCGACUAUGUUGGAAUUAAGCAAGUGGUGUUUGGUGGAUCUGAAUUUGAGAACUGGAGGGAGAAUUUGACGUCAGAGGACGCAGGUUAUAGUGUUCACAAGAUUUAGGCAACUUAAGUAAACAUCCAAAUAAUAUAUAUGGAGCUUUAAGUUAUCAUGUAAAGUAUGUAUGCUUGAAACUAUUAGGUUUUAAGAUAGAAAUGGCAAGAUAACAUUUUUUUUUUUUCUUUCAAAUGUGCGCUUUAUAAUUUGUUCUUCCCAAGGGAAUGUGCACUUUUGGAUCUGGUAAUCAAGAUUUGUCUUUGCGACA